UCACUUGGCUAGGGUUUAGUUUCCUUCCAUUCAUCACAGCUAGAAGGAGAGCAGCGAAGGCGGAGUCCCUAGGCUUGAGGCGACUCAUCUCUGAGUUAACAAAUCCAAAAUGGCUCGCGGCCUCAAGAAACAUUUGAAGCGGCUCAAUGCCCCAAAACAUUGGAUGCUUGACAAGCUUGGUGGUGCAUUUGCUCCAAAGCCAUCAUCUGGACCCCAUAAAUCAAGGGAAUGCUUGCCCUUGAUUCUUAUCCUGCGAAACAGACUGAAAUAUGCUCUCACAUACCGUGAAGUUAUUUCCAUCUUGAUGCAACGCCAUGUUCUUGUUGAUGGGAAGGUUAGGACAGAUAAGACAUACCCUGCUGGUUUCAUGGAUGUCGUAUCAAUUCCCAAGACAAAUGAAAACUUCCGUCUCCUCUAUGACACAAAGGGUCGAUUCCGGCUCCACUCCAUCAGGGAUGAAGAGGCCAAGUUCAAGCUUUGCAAAGUCCGAUCUGUUCGGUUUGGGCAGAAAGGUAUCCCAUAUAUUAACACCUAUGAUGGACGGACUAUCCGCUACCCUGAUCCACUUAUCAAGGCCAAUGACACAAUCAAACUGGACCUGGAGUCCAACAAGAUCACCGACUUCAUCAAGUUUGAUGUUGGGAAUGUUGUCAUGGUUACUGGGGGAAGGAACAGAGGUCGUGUUGGGGUCAUCAAAAACAGGGAGAAACACAAGGGAAGCUUUGAGACCAUCCAUGUCCAGGAUGCCACUGGUCAUGAGUUUGCUACCCGCUUAGGUAAUGUGUACACCAUUGGGAAAGGUACAAAGCCUUGGGUGUCUCUUCCUAAGGGCAAGGGUAUCAAGCUGUCCAUCAUUGAGGAGGCUCGGAAGAGGCUUGCUGCCCAAGGUGCUACUACUGCAUAAAUUUUAAUAAUUGAACCUUGCUCAGGUAUUUGCUUAUAGGAGUUUGAUCUGCAGGACCUUGUGUGCAGGUCCUUCUAUGAUUAGCUAUCGUAGAAAUUAUGUUCUAUUUUCAUUCCUCAGUACAAUUUUGAACUAAGUUUUGUUGUUGGAAAUUUGAAAAAAAACUAUUUAUGUUGGUUGAUUUUGGAGAAAUGUUAGACAAUGUUGCCCAGCUUUAUCAUCCAGGUUAUUUAUUCAUUUA